AUGAACACGCCUGACGGGCACUCUCACUUGAGCCAAAGCACGGUCUUUGUGACCGGUGGAUCCGGGGGCCUCGCCAGCCGGAUCCUUCAACUCUUCGCGGAGCGUGGCUGCGAAUCGUCCAUCCACACCGCCAGCCCGAAAUUCGACGCCCCAAGCCCCAUCCUCUGCAAAGUGAACAUAAAAGGCACGCGAGCACUCCUCCACUUCGCGCAAGAAUCAGGCACUCAAUGCUUCGUGUACAGCAGCUCCGCCAGCAUCAUCAGCGACGCCCAGACCGAUCUGAUCCACACCGACGAGACCUUCCCCGUGCUUCUCGAGCAGAGCCAACAGCCGGAAGUCUACCGCUGGCGUGCCUCCAACCCCUUCCUGACCUGCGCGAUCCGACCUUCGGGCAUCUUCGGCGUUGGCGACCUCGUCGUGCUCCCGGGCAUCCUGGACGCGUAUUUCCUCGGCCAGACCAGGUGGCAGAUUGGCGAAAAUCGGAAUCGCCUUGACUUUACCGAGAAUACAAACGAUGAUGAUGACGACAAGACAAAGGUAGAUGGGGAGGCCUUUUUCAUCACCAACGAUGAGACGCGCUGCUUCUGGGACUUCACGCGGCUGGUGUGGCAGUUCGCGUGGGAUACAACGCGGCGCGAGCAGGUGUGGGUGAUCCCCCGGUCGUGGGCACUGGGCCUGGACCAGCCUCCGCUGACCGGAACCAGAGUGCGGCUCAGCUGUAUGACGCGGUAUUUUUGCAUCGAUACAGCGAAGACGCGGCUUGGAUAUCGGCCGGUUGUGAGGCUGGAGGAGGGACUGAAGCGCGCGGUGAAGGACUGUUUGAGUCGGCGGGCUGCUGAGGACGAGGGCUUGAAGAAACGUUCUUGA